AUGGACUGCAACACCGGAAUGCAGCUGGGGCAGCAGCUCGCUAAGGACACCAUGAUGUCGCACGGUGGUGUGCCCAUGAGCGGCAUCAUGUCAGAGCAGGAUGCCCUGAUGCCGAACGUACAGGUGGCAGGCGCUAACCCCAUGAUGGAGGCUCAGUGGGCACAGAAUUUUCAGCAGCAGCAGCAGGCGAUGCAAGCAAUGCGGCAGCAGCACGAGAUGGAGCAGGCAUUUCAGAACUCGCAGCAGCAGCAGGUUGCCGUUGUGCAAGGCGGACAGAUGCUUGGCAUGGCUAGACCGUCGCUGCCGCAGCUCAUGACGCAGCAGCAGCAGCAAGCAUCUAUGAUGAAUGCCGCUAUGAUGAGCCAGGGGAUGAUGGCGGCCAACAUGGGUUUUGGCAUGAUGAUGCCACGCACGCAGUAUCAGCCGUUAUCCAACCUGUCCGCGCUGCAGCCCAAGCAGCAACAACAGCAGCAGCAGCAGCAGACACUGGUGAACCUAGCACCGGCGGCGCAGGACUCGGCGUGGGCGGACCAACUCAGCCAGCAGCAGUGGAACACCGACUACUCACAGGUGCAGGUAUUCGGCACAGCAGGGACGGAGAGCAAGACGGCGGAGGAGCGCAUUAAGGACAGCGAAUUCUACAAAUUUAUGGACCAGAUCAAGAACAAGGAGGUACUGAUUGACGAGGAGAAGGGCGAGCUAGUGCCGGGCCCCGGGCCAGAGGUCGUGGUCCCGGAGGACACGGAGUACCUUCGCGACUGGGCCGCGAUGGAGGGGAUGAACAUGCCGGAGAGCGUCUUCCAGCCGCUGCCAUCGUCGAGCGCGAUGACGCCUCCGGCGAACAGGGAGCCGGACUCGUAUGUCGAGGAAAUGGACAUGGCCGAGAACGACGUCGAGGACUGGGCGCAGGAGUAUGCGGAGAUGCAGGAGCGCCUGCAGAAGGUGACGAACAGUACUGAUUACCCCUUCGAGCCAAACAACCCAUACAUGUUUCACGACUUGCCGUACGAGGAGGGGAUGGAGAUGCUCCAGCUUGGCAACCUGGCCGAGGCGGCUCUUGCCUUUGAGGCUGUAUGCCAUAAGGAUAGCAGUAAUGAGAAGGCAUGGCAGGUCCUCGGCACGACACAGGCGGAAAACGAGAAGGAUGGGCUGGCCAUCAUUGCCCUUAACAAUGCCCGGCAGCUGAACCCCCGCAACCUCGAGGUUCACGCCGCGCUGAGCGUGUCGCACACGAACGAGCGCAACACCGAUGCUGCCAUGGACUCGUUGAAAGCGUGGCUCGUACAGAACCCCGAGUAUGAGCAGCUCGCCUCUGUUUCCAUCCCGCCUAACCCGGAUCUUGACGUGCAGGACACCUUCUUCUUUGCCGACCCGUCCCGUAUGCGCGAGGUCCGCACUCUCUAUGACGCUGCCAUCGAGAUGAACCCGAGCGACUCUCAGCUUUUUACAAAUCUCGGCGUGCUGCACAACGUGGCUCAUGAGUUUGACGAGGCUGCCGAGUGCUUCCGCAAGGCAGUCGCGCUACACCCUGCUGACCCCAAGUUGUGGAACAAGCUCGGGGCCACGCUGGCGAACGGUGGCCACCCUGACCAGGCACUGGAGGCGUACAACCGCGCUCUGGACAUCAACCCAGGCUACGUACGAGCCAUGUACAACAUGGCAGUCGCGUACAGCAACAUGUCGCAGUACAACAUGGCCGCCCGUCAAAUUGUCAAGGCAAUCGCGUCACAGCAAGGCGGCACGAAUCCCAGUGGAGAGGGUUCCAUUCUGGCAACACGAAGCAUGUGGGACCUCCUGCGUAUGACGCUGAACCUGAUGGACCGCGAUGACUUGGUUCAGCUGACGUACACCGAGAAUUUGGAGCCGUUUGUGAAGGAGUUCGGCCUCGAGGCCCACGUCUAA